CGUAGCUCUGGAACAGCCGCGUCGAAGCAGAAAUGCCGUCUCCCCAGCCCGCCCGGGGCCUGCUGUGGCUCGGCGUGGUACUAGGCCCCGUCUGCGCAGCACUGGAAUCCGCGGCGCCUUCUAUCUCCGCCACAGAUGCUCUGAAUGUUCUUCUCAUCGUUGUGGAUGACCUGCGCCCCUCCCUGGGCUGCUAUGGAGAUAAGCUAGUGAGAUCCCCAAAUAUUGACCAACUGGCAUCCCAUAGCCUCCUCUUUCAGAAUGCCUUUGCCCAGCAAGCAGUGUGCGCCCCCAGCCGUGUGUCCUUCCUCACCGGGAGGAGGCCUGACACCACCCGCCUGUAUGACUUCAAUUCCUACUGGAGAGUGCACGCUGGAAACUUCUCCACCAUCCCACAGUACUUCAAGGAGAAUGGUUAUGUGACUAUGUCGGUGGGAAAAGUCUUUCACCCUGGAAUAUCUUCCAACCACAGUGAUGAUUCUCCAUAUAGCUGGUCUUUCCCACCUUAUCACCCCUCCACUGAGAAGUACGAAAACACUAAGACAUGUCGGGGACCAGAUGGAGAACUUCAUGCCAACCUGCUUUGUCCUGUGGAUGUCGUAGAUGUGCCCGAGGGCACCUUGCCUGACAUACAGAGCACUGAGCAAGCCAUACAAUUGUUGGGAAAGAUGAGAACAUCAGCCAGUCCUUUCUUCCUGGCUGUUGGGUAUCAUAAGCCACACAUCCCCUUCAGAUAUCCCAAGGAAUUUCAGAAGUUGUACCCCUUGGAGAACAUCACCUUGGCUCCUGAUCCUCAGGUCCCUGAUGGCCUACCCCCUGUGGCCUACAACCCCUGGAUGGACAUCCGACAGCGGGAGGACGUGCAAGCUUUAAACAUCAGUGUGCCCUAUGGCCCAAUUCCUGUGGACUUUCAGCGGAAAAUCCGCCAGAGCUACUUUGCCUCUGUUUCAUAUUUAGAUACACAGGUUGGCCACCUUUUGAAUGCUUUGGAUGAUCUUCAGUUGGCCAACAACACGAUCAUUGCAUUUAUUUCGGAUCAUGGGUGGGCUUUAGGUGAACAUGGAGAAUGGGCCAAAUACAGCAAUUUUGACGUUGCCACCCGUGUGCCCCUGAUGUUCUAUGUUCCUGGGAAGACGGCUUCGCUUCCAGAGGCAGGCGAGAAGCUUUUCCCUUACUGCAGUCCUUUUGAUUCCGUCUCAGAGUUAAUGGAGCCAGGCAGGCAAUCCGAGGACCUCGUGGAACUUGUCUCUCUUUUCCCCACAUUGGCUGGACUUGCAGGACUGCAAGUCCCGCCUCGCUGCCCCGUUGCUUCAUUUCAUGUUGAGCUGUGCAGAGAAGGCCAGAACCUUCUGAAGCAUUUUCGACUCCCUGACUCAGAAGAGGAUCCAUACUUCCUUGAUAAUCCUCGUGAGUUGAUCGCCUAUAGCCAGUACCCACGGCCUGCAGACUCCCCUCAGUGGAAUUCUGACAAGCCGAGUCUAAAAGACAUAAAGAUCAUGGGCUAUUCCAUACGCACCAUAGACUAUAGAUAUACUGUGUGGGUUGGCUUCGAUCCUCAUGAAUAUCUGGCUAACUUUUCUGACAUCCAUGCAGGGGAACUGUAUUUUGUAGAUUCUGACCCAUUGCAGGAUCACAAUGUGUAUAAUGACUCCCAAGGUGGAAGACUUUCCCAGUCAUUGAUGCCUUGAGUUUUGCCCACCAUGGAGGGCACAUAUGUGCUCCCUUUCAGCUGGUGAGAGGAGGAACUGGAGAUGGUUAUUUUGUGAUUGCCCAUAAUAUUGGAAGCAACCCGAGGGAUAGGUAAUCCAAAUAUGCAUCAACAAUUUGGUCCGAGAAUAUUAACAGCCAAAUCUUUUCAUGUAGUCUUUAUUAACUUAUAAUUGGUAAUUGGGCUGGAGCUGGGCUGAAUCUUUUCCCCCUCUUUUUUAAAACAGUCAUAGCUUAUUUAUUGAAUGAAUAAAUACAAAGUGAGCAAAUAAAAAUUAUGUCACACCUUAGGAUAUAUAUCACAAUACCACAGGGUUUCAAAAUCCAAAGAUAAAAUAUGCACAGAGUGAUUAAUGUGGAAUUUUAACAUCAGAUAAUAAAUAAUGCUCAAUAAACUGGA